GCAUCAGCUGUGGUGCGUCGGAGAAACUUCUCUCCCUCCUCCUCUGCUGGCUUUUCUCACUCCUAAAUUCCCUCGGACACAUUUUUUUUUUAAAAAUUUAUUUAACUCGGGAGUAGUGCAGCCACCGGUACCUCCCUUAAAAGGCUGGUGCCGACAGGCUCCUGUUUAUUAUUUUAUCCGUUUUAUUCCUGACUUAUGUGGACGCUCUCCGGAGGAUUUCCUGCCCUGGUCUUGUAGGCAGCUGGAGUGACUCGACCAAGUCCCCCCCCUCAUUCUGCCUGAGGAAUGAGAGGAAGAGCCGAAACUCGCAUGUUUGAAUGAACAAAAGACCAGAAAGCGAGGGAACUGACGCCGGAAUGGAGGAAAUUACUCUGCCAGGAGCAACACCUCCCUGCUCAGUCCUAAACACAAACUCUACAAGGCCUGACCCAGAGGGGGAAAGCAGCCCCUUGAAGACAGACACCACCCCGAGGAUGGAGUCUCCGUCUAAGAAAGACACAGAUCGAGGACUCGCUACUCCCACAAAGUCUGAUGUCAUCUCUCGAUCACCUGCGUCACCAGCAUCACCAGCCCACAGGUCGAAAAGAGACAUCAUGAAGUCAGAGGAAAGACAGAAGCUGGCAAAGGAGCGCAGAGAGGAGAAGGCCAAAUAUCUUGAAGAGCUCAGCAAGUCACAAGCUGCCAAAAAGACCCAGUGGCUGGAGAAGGAGGAGAAGGCACGACAGCUGAGGGAGCAGCAGCUGGAGGAACGCCGCAGGAAGCUCGAGGAGCAGCGGAUCAAGGCAGAAAAAAGGCGAGCGGCCCUUGAGGAGAGACAGAAACAGAAACUGGAGAAGAACAAAGAACGUUAUGAGGCCGCCAUCCACAGGUCAGCCAAGAAAACGUGGGCAGAAAUCCGUCAGCAGAGAUGGUCAUGGGCUGGCGCGCUGAACCCGAACUCAAGCCAGAAAGAAAGCAGAUGCUCUGUUUCAACGGUCAACCUACCCAAACACGUGGAUUCUGUUAUAAACAAGCGACUCUCCAAGUCUUCCGCCACGCUCUGGAACUCCCCCAACAGAACCCGCAACCUUGCACUCAGUCCAUGGGAGAGCAGUAUAGUCGACCGACUGAUGACACCCACUCUGUCGUUCCUUGCCCGGAGCCGCAGUGCUGCCAGCGUCCUGAGCAACUGCAAGGAUGGUCAUUCACUGCUCUGCCCUCGUUCUGCCUCGGCCAGUCCCCUCACCCUGUGUGCACACCAGCCCCACCAACGCUGCUCUGACCGCUGGAGGGUGACGUCCAGCACUCCAGACAUCACCCAGCGCCAACACAGGCGGAGCUCCACACCCCUGGAUAAAACCAAGAAAGAAAAGAAAGACAAAGAACGGGAGAACGAGAUGGAAAAAAGUGCCAUCACUAAAGAGAAGGUGCUGAAGAAGAGACAGUCUCUCCCCAGUCUGAGACACAGACCUGAUCCGAGUCCCAGCCCUUUAUCAAGACAACGGCCGGCAUCCCCAGCCACACCCAAGGGCAGAACGUCUUCUCCAGUCACACCCAAAGGCAGAACGGCUUCUCCAGUCACACUGAAGGGCAGAACAUCUUCUCCGGUCACACCCAAAGGCAGGACUGCCUCCCCUAGCCCCGCUGCCUCACCCAAACCACCUUCAACCCGUGGCAGCCCAUCGACCCCUAAGAGCCGACCUAAAAGACCCAGAACCCCUGCCAGGGUAGACCACCGAACCUCCUCCCCUGCCCCUCUAGAGCGAGUGAAGGAGCCUUGUAGGCCUGCCACUCCAGAGGAGAGAAAGACAGCAUCUUCAACUGAUGCCACAGCUCACACAUCAACCCUACCAGUCACAACCACUUCUUCCUCACCUCAGCUGGUCCCUUCAGCUCCUUGUGUGCGUGCGGUGUCCCCUGCACCCACUCCAUCUCCCAAACCCAUGGCAGGAACCAACGACCCAGAGGAGGCAGCUCGCAUCCUAGCAGAGAAACGCCGGCAGGCCCGAGAGCAGAGGGAGAAGGACGAGCAGGAACGCCUCGAGCAGGAGAAGAAGGAGAAGAUCCUGAGAGAUGAGAGAAUAGCGAGGGAGGCAGAGGAGAGACGACUCAGGGAGGAGGAGGCACGGGCCAUGGCUGAGGAGCAGCGGAGGAGGGACGAAGAACAGCGGCUACAGGAGGAGAAGGAGGCCGAGGAGAAAGCCAAAGCUGAGCAGGAAGAGAACCUACGCCUCCAGAAACAGAAAGAAGAAGCUGAGGCGAGAGCUCGGGUGGAGGCGGAGAAGCAGCGUCUGGAGAGGGAGAAACACUUCCAGAAGGAGGAGCAGGAGAGACUGGAGAGGAAAAAGCGUUUGGAGGAGAUCAUGAAGAGGACACGCAAAACAGAUGGAGGUGACAAGAAAGACACAAAGUCCUCUCCGCUCGCACACGUCAAUGACAAACAGGCAGAGAGCAGCAAAGCAUCUGCUGACUAUCAGCCAAUCCCAGAGGUCAACCUGCCCAAUAACAAGGCAGAAAACAGAGAGACCAAUGUCAAGGACAGCCUCUCAGUUCAAGCGGUUAAUGGGGUCCAGCCUACGAGACAUGAAAAUGGUCUGUCCACUAAAGCAGACACUGGCCAUUUUGGAGACAUCAUUCAUCUCACAAAUCAUGGCAACACCACUAACGGAGCCCGGGACAAGUCUGAGAGCAGCAUGGCCACUGAGCCUAUCCUGUCUUUUGAAAGCGAGGAUUCAUUCAUGAAGAAGGCGGGGCCUAUGAAGCCUCAGCAUGUUGCAGAGGUCCUGUGACAUAUUCCAGUGUUCAAGUGCCCCUCGAACUGUUGCACAGCGAGUCCUGUGACCAGUGCCAAUCAACAGCCUUCUCCUAAGCUCUAAAAAGCAGACAUACUUCUCUCUGAAGAUAAAGUGUGCCACAGAAGACGACGACAAAGCAUCAGGACACAAGCAACAGAUAAAACCGGAUGAAAGGUGUUGCUGCAUGCAGCACAGGUGCAUCAGUGUUUUCAUGUCUUCAAGGCACCCAUUCCAUGCACCUUAUUACUCAACAGUGUCAUCCUUUGUACAUCACAGUACAGCUGAGUGAUUAAUACAUCACAAUGAGAGAGAACUGUCUUCUUUGUUCAUUAGUUAUUUAACUCAAAGAGAAAUAUAAAAGACUGGGUACAUCUUUGUGAAUAAUGUAAAUGAACCGGUGUCAGACAAAAGACAAAAGAGAAGUGUCUGUGGAUUAAAGUUGUAUGAAAGGAGUCGUUUUAUUCUACUCUACUGUGAGUAAAUCUUCUAAAUAAAGAAGGAGGUGUUAUACAUACUGGUUUGUAUAGAGCUACCUGUAACAGUUUAUGUAAAGUAAGUUUAAGAAUUUGAAUGAUUUGAAUUUUAAGUUUACAAGGAAUGGCUUCUUACUGUGUGUAAACAUACUGGCUGUUCAUACCUAAACUCAGCUGAGAACUGGACGUCAUAAUGAGUGUGCAACCUUGAGGAUUAAAAAAAAAAAAAAAAACAGUCAUCUAAGGUCAAAUCUAUGAACAGGGAUUUACUCCACUAUUUAACAGCUGAAGCUGUUUGUUUUUUUUCACAUGUGCAAGCAUGACUCAUUCUUUCUCUCAUUUGCAUUGAGAGUCCAUGGAUUCUUAUGUAAUUGAAAUGCUGGUGCGUGUAUAUGCUAUAAAUAUAUUUUGAUGUGUGUUAUAAGGUCACUCGGAGUCUGUUAAGUCUUAUUAAAGACGAGCAAUCCAGUC